AUGGCCAAAAUUUACAAAGAUACCCAGGUCGACCUCCGGCCGUACUCGCCGAGCACCGUCGUCAACAUCCCGAUCCCAACACAAGCAAGCGCUGCCCAAACCCGCGCACGAUUCGCGAUCUCUUCGUCCACAGGCCUAGAUCAAGUGGUCGCUAAAGAUGAGGACGAAUUUGCUAGACGAUACCUCGUGACGCAGGGCUCUGUCUACUUCCGCAAACGCAACGUUUACCCGCGAGCGUUUCUCUGGAGAGUCGUCAAUGAAAACAAGGUUCUCGAGAUACAAUGCGUUGACCUGACGAAAGGGGGGACGGAACAUCACGAAUACAAUGUUACCAUGCGCUUGGAUUUCCAGGAAGAGAUUCUGCCGUCAUGUGUAGCUCUUGCGGACUCGGAAGAACAUGAGGUGCUGAAUGUGUUUGUGAUCACGGCUUCAAAGGAGCUACACUCUUUGGCAUUGCGCCCGGAGUUCUUCAGGAGGACAGCGUCAAUUGACGAAAAUAUCUCGGAUUGGUGCAAGUCGUGCCUUCCGGCGCCAUUGACCUUCACAUUCCCGCAUAGAUUACACGCGAGCAGUCCGCUGGAACUGUUCAUCUCCCUUGACAAUGGUGCGCUUCUGCGCUUGACACGGAGGGCGGCUGAUGAUGGCUCGAAUUGGUCUCCCCUUACCCUCGAUGAGAGAACAUGGGGUGCUUCGCUCCGUGGUCUGGUUAGGUGGAAUGCGCAGACUUCUCUCAAGUACGGCGGUCGCAAUCUCGAUGCCAACACAGCGAACGCGAUCGCAACCACCUCCGAUCAAACAUACGUUUUCGCAGUCUGCCUAAACCACUCGAUCAAGAUCUGGAACCUCGCGACGAAUAAGCUGGUAGCCACGAAGGAUCUGCUUAACCGAGAGAUUCAACAGCCGGAUGCGCUGUCAUAUGCACUGAACCCGUCGGAGUCAUCUUUCAUUCGCGUCUUCAACGCCGAGAGAGCUCUGGACGGCGAAUAUCGCUAUUAUGUCCUUACAUACUCGCCCUUCGAAGAUGGAUGCUUCAAGUUUUGGGCUGUCAAGGGCGGCUUGACAACUCCAUUGAUUAUCGAAGACCUUUUCCCUAACACUCCACUACGGCCACUGGACCCCGAUUCUACGGGGAGUAUGUUCUGGAGUAUUGCAGAUUUCCAGAUCAAGCCCGCGGAAGAAGGAAAGGGGAUGGAGCUAUGGCUGCUAUGGCGCAACAGCGGUCUAUACCAACUCUACACAUUACACUUCAGUUUUGAGACACUGGUAUCGGACUGGGCGAACAACUGGGUCUCUGCCGGCUCCGAUCUACGCAGACAAGAGCCUUCGCCGCGCAUGGCGUUCUCUGAUGUGGUGGACCCAACAGAGAAAUGGCUCAAAUUUCUUCUUCAACCGAACAGAUUCCCGUCAGAGGUGCUCGAGACUGCUUUGACAAUUUACCAAGAAGCCCUGAAGCCUCUGUCUUCUUCGAGCACGCUUAAGAAGAGCGUUCCUCUUUCCGAACGACUUUGCUCAACGAUCGCGGCCACGGUGUCUCUUCGCAAGUUUGAUGAUGAUGAGAUGGACUUCACACGAUUCCGCACUGAUACGGACUCCAAGUGGCGGCAAUUCUGGCAGAUCGUAGAGGAUCUCAACAAGAGGAGAUUCGAACCUGUCAAUCUUGCCUACGACACAUUUUACGAGACUCCCUGGAUUCUUCUCUCGGACAGCUGCGCAGUAGUCCGGGAAUGCAGCUCUACAGAGCUCUUUUUGCACAAUCCCGGACAUGUGCUUCGAAGCGAUGGCGCAAAGAUUGUGGACCGAUGGAGGCACCGAAACCUGUCAACGGAGGUUGGCGACCUGUUUGAAGAAGCGUCGCACCUGAUGACGGUGGCUGCGGACUUUAGGAAGCGAUUUUCAGGUGACCUUGAGGCAUUUGUUCUUGGUGCCAUUGAGGCGGAGAUCUUUGCGGAGCCAUCUUCCUCUGUCCAGGAUAGAAUGGAAGUUUUCCGUGAGAGUUGCGAAGUCGCAGAGCAGAUAUCCGAACAGGUGUAUGACAGUCUGGUCUCUGAAAUGAACCAGCGGUUGAACAUAUACCAGCUACCUAGCGAAGUCUUCUAUAAGAUUCUUGAGACGAUUCCGGCUGGCUUCCCUGGAAAAGAUUCCGACCUGCUCCCUACACAUUUUGGAGUAAAAGUCACUGUGAACGGCGUCCAGGAGACGAUUUUGUUUACGCGCCAGAUUCUCAUUGAUUUACUGGUACUGGUAGUUUUCGUGGACGGUGACGUGCAGCAAGAAGAGGGCUCGACGUUUGAUGCAGUUGAAUUGUAUGUCGAGCUGGUUACUCUGCUCCGGGAGUAUGAAAUGAUGCAUUGGCUGAGCUCAAAUACGCGGAAGAGCACUGAGAGAUCAUCGACAGAUGACUCGUCAGUUUCCUCUUUCUCUUUGGUCGAUUCACAUUCAAGCGGAAAAGGUGGAAGGAAUGCGACUAUCUUGGAGGAUCUGUUCGCGGCAGACAUCAAGCCGCGCCAAACAGUCAACCUUCCUCAAAGUUAUACACUUACGCUGGGCAUUCGAGAUGUGUUAUCCUGGGUGACUCGUCCAGGAGAGGUGGCCUAUCCGAACGCCCUGGUCUAUAUCCAGUGCGACUUGAUCGCCAAGGGCAACAUUGACCUUGCCUGGGAUUUCCUACGAUUCCAGGCAAGCACAUCCUGGUCGACUUACGUUAAGGGUCGCCUUUAUGUGGCCAUGUCCGAGCUUGACACGGCAGCCUUGUAUUUCAGAAAAGCUGCAUAUCUCCUUUCUUGUGGAAAGCCGCUUGGCAACCUGCACGAGAUGUCCUCGACACUCCUUGAUAUUGUGGCUGUAGAUUGCUUCCAUAAUGGCCUACCGAAGUAUUUCCAACAUGUGCUGUCGAUCUUCGAGCAGGUCCGCGCAUUCUCUCAUGUCGCCGAGUUCGCCAGCCUUGCAUUGCAGGCUCUCGCUAGUGAACAUGCUAGCGAGCAAGACAUAGAAGUGGCACGAUUACAAAACGACCUUCUCUCUCGCCUGUUCUAUGCCUCUCUACAAACCUGCCAAUUCAACCAAGCAUAUUCUGCACUUUCACGGUACAGGGACCCCGCGCUGCAGAAAUACGCCCUGGGCUCCCUCAUCACAAGCAUACUCGCUGCUUCCGGUUCUGGCAGCGCUGGCCUUGAGCAGAUCCUUCACUUCCCUACCUCACUCAUCCCCAAUAUCGCCUCUCAUGUCGACGAGAUUCUUUCCUCCCUUGCCCGGAAACAGCCCUCGUUUUCUUCUCUUCUAGACACGAGCAACAAAUGGGCUCAAGGCACGGUCGACUAUCAGAGAAUCCUCCAAGCAUACCGCAUCAAGCGCGGCGACUACCGCGGCGCCGCAGAAGUUGCGUAUCACAAUGUCGAACGUCUCCGCCAAGCCCGCGACACUUCCACGCACCACCUAAUCCUCUCAAAAGCCAAAGCAGGCGACACCUUCCACCCUCCCCUCGACGAGGACGACCCAGAGAGCAACGAAAUCCGUCACGAGCUUCUGUCCCUCAUCAACCUUCUCGCCUGCGUCGACAAAAGCGAAGCCUACAUCCUCGUCGACCGGGAUGAACAAUGGCGCCCCAGUUCUCGCCGCCGCUCAAGCGUCAAACCCGAAGACGAAGACGGAAACAUCUUUAUGGACGACGCGGACAUACCUACAGCCCGCCACGGCUCGAUCGCCGGCCUCCGAUUCUUCCCGAGCAAAUCAUCAUCCUCCAGCACCACGAACCCCACCAAACCCCCAUCAUUAUCCUUCCCAUCCGCCACUACCCCCGCAGGAUCAACAACGGCAUCAGCUCCCGCAAAACAACCCUCACAUUCCGUCCCGCGCCGCAGAGUAAUCGUCACUCUCGACCACUUGCGUCGCGAAUACCAGUCCGAACUCGACCGCGUCAGCAGGAUCGAGCGCGGGGAUUGGGAGUUUGGUCUCGACGGUGAUAACGAGGAGGUCGAGGCUGAUAAUGAUGAUACGAUGCUGCUUGCUUGA